AUGGUUGAAAUGCCGCCGCCAACACCAAGGAGGCUGCAGCGCAUCGCUUCACAGCUCGGCAAACUGUCGCUAGAGCUCGUGGAGCCCAUCAUUUCCACUUUGCCACUUCACAAGGCAUUGGAUCUCAUGCUGGCUCCUCUAGGACCUGAUGCGGCCCCCGGCCUUCUGAUAACCCACCGUCAGCUGAGCCCUUUGGUUCAAGCCUUCAUUUCUAGCCCAGCCUGGAAACACAUCUUCAGAGACACCGAACUAGCCACACAGAUUUUGCUUGUAUGGGAAGGACUGAACCGAAUUUUCAAGCUCUGUCACGGAAAUGGCUAUUGCAAUAUAAUCAAAGAGAUCAACCCUGCCUUCUUCCCUUGGGCCAAGGUGCAAUCGACUUGGAAAAUCUUAGGCCAUGGAGCAGAUCAGAUCUCCGACGGAGAUUGGCUUCUAGCCAAACUAGAAGGCGCUCUAUGGUUGAUGGCGGUGCCUGGAGAACAAACCGCCAUAUUUUCCAACUGUCCAUCCAACGCAGCAUUCAUGAUUUUACCCCCAGAGUAUGGCGCCUUGCCCAACUCCCCCACGAUCGAUGCGCUUCCUCCUCAAGGCGACCUCGAAGAGGCUUGGAAAAUGGUUAAAAGCAGAUGGACUUUAGAGCUCCAGUCCCUUGAAGCUUUGUACAAGCGUUACCCGACCAUGCUAAAGGCGGCUCUGAGGCCUCAAGUGACACAAAAUCCUAUGAACAAGGAUCACAUCCCACGAACGUUUCAACGAGCCAUUCGAAAGUUCGAGGGGUUAGGCCUCCGAGGCAACGGGCAGUGGCCUUUCCUUUUCCAGUUUUCUCACCACUAUCUAGUCCCCUACAACUGGUGUCUGCGUCUUUUCAGGAUCGUACUGGAUGAGAAGAACCCUGAAAUUCCUCCCGAGUUUGGUCCAGACUUAGAGCGAGCUAUCAGAGGUCUUUCAUAUGUCCAAAAGUACGGAGGAGGUGACGACCUAAAGUACCCGAGAAUCAGAGGCUCCCAGGGAGAUGCGCGCCAUAUGGAAUUCGAGGUCCAUGUUGAUAGGACCACACUUCUGCCAGCCUCGCAAGCCGAGCUGCAGUGGCUAAUCUCGUUUCUAACCGUUGUGAGGUGGAUGGAGAGUAAGUAUUUCGAUCUUGCCGAGGAACUACGUCGUCCCGUUGCUCGGAUCUAUCGUGUUGGAAAGGGAAGGGGUCAGAAAAGGUUCAACCUAAACCCGGAGGAUUACAAGGAUUUGGCAGAGUCGUUACCAGCUCGAGAGGUUGCCGCGUAUUUAAAAAAGGAUGCGGAGCUAACCACUCGCCCCAUGACCACCAACAAGGCUUGCUAUCCAAGUUUGCUCGCCUUUUUUAUGCCUGAUAUCAAAACGCCGAAAGGCCAAGAUAUUGCGAAAUGUCUGACACCACAGGAAGGAAUGUCGAAAGAGAUUCAAAAGAUUUUCUAUGAGAGCACGAUAGAAAAGAUCAAGCGCCAUUUCGGCAGACCACUCUCUCCGCCACCCAACGAUAGCGAGCUUUUGGUGCAUGAAGCCCUCGAUGAGAACACGCAACCUACUGGAGCAUUAUCGGGAUCAACCGAAUGGGCUGGUGCAGUUAGGGACUAUUCCAAUGCGAUGCAAAAGAAGCCUAAAUUUCCGUCUCAUCGCUGCUAUAUCUGUCGGCACACUGUGAUCCAUGAGCGAGAUCUGCAUCCGAUGUUUACCGCCAUGUGCAAACCCUGCGGUAAUUUCAACUUGGCGGGCUCUAGCAUGUCGUUACCCGGAAAGCUCGACCUCAACGGGAAAACCGCGUUUGUCACCGGAGGCAGAAUCAACCUUGGAUUUCACACAGCGCUGAGACUGCUUCGAUGCGGUGCAAAAGUCAUAGUAUCCAGCCGUUAUCCAAAAGACGCGUUUGUUCGAUACCGGGAUCAACCAGACUCUGGUGAAUGGCUAGAGAACAGGCUCUAUAUUCUCGAGGCUGACUUCCGCACAGCUAAUGACGCCUUUCAGCUUGCGAAACGAGUGAGGGCUGCUCUUUCAAUAUGGGCAAUUACCUAUGGAUACGAUACUUCCGUAUUGGACAUCAUGGUCAACAACGCAGCCCAGACGCUGACAGAUAGUAAUGAAAAGGAGGAGGCAGCGGUUAACAAGGAAAUCCAUCUAGCAGCGUCCCUGCCUCAGCAUCCUGCUUUGACGGCCGGGGCAUCUUAUACUCCUCGUGUCGGGGGUGGUGCAUCCGCAACUAACUUCAUAGGAAGUCAGAGCGGAGGAAGCCUUCCGCCCACAAGCGCCUCUACAUCAGCAAUCCAACCUGCACCUGAAAAAUCGUCUUGGGUCCAGGACUUGACAGAGAUACCCUAUGCUGACGUCGUGACCGCCCAGGCCGUCAAUGCUUUUGUACCUCUGAUUCUUAUACGUGAGCUUCUACCACUCAUGUCCCGCAGUCUGGAUAAACAGCCCGGUCAAAUCAUAAAUGUUUCUUCUCGUGAGGGUAUAUUCGAAGACAAGCGGGAUCAUCCAGCUAAGCAGGGCAAGCACGUCCACACCAAUAUGUCGAAGGCUGCGUUGAACAUGAUUACUGAGACGUUGGCAUCAUCAUCAUGGAAGGACUACUACGUUGCGAUGAACACUGUGGACCCUGGUUAUAUGAGUGCUGCUCCAGAGAUGGAACACGUCUUUGAUGGUGUGAGACCUCUAGGUUGGGAAGAUGGUGCUGGGCGAGUAUUGUGGCCAGUCGCGAUGGCGUAUGAGGACAAGACCGCCAUAUGGGGUCGUUUUUUGAAGCAUUAUGGAGCUGUGGGCGUGACUCCAGGCCUAGGUUAG